CGCAUUUGGCAACGGGACUUUCCAGGGGUCUACACAACAAUCGCAGCCUUCCAGUGGACAGAGAACAUCCUUCCAGUCAUGGAGGCACUUCGAGAGAGGAGACGCUGGGACAAGUGACACAUGCAGCACUGAGUAGGAGGGGGCCAUUUCUGUGAAAAGAUCCCGAGGCAGCAAGCAGGCAGGAAUGUGUGCUCUCGUUGGUGGAAGGUAUCAGAUGUCACCAGCUGUGAGGGGCUGGUAUAAAGGACAGAGCUGCCACCUCCCAGAAUAGAUAUCAGCUUUUCACAAGCAGCAGCACACGCCAAGGAGAAGCUCCAGGAGUCUGACCUUGUUUUUGGUAACUUUUUAAAACCAACCAAGGGCACAACUUGUAUUUUUCUCUCCUAAAAUAAGAAAAACCUACUGGCCUAACGCUAGGCAGUGACAUUAUUAUGGACGUUCAGAGGACAGGGUCUAUUGUUCGGGCCCCAAGCCCAAUGGAUAGCCUGGAGAAGCAGUUGAGCUGCCCCAUCUGCCUGGAAAUGUUCACCAAACCUGUGGUGAUCCUGCCCUGCCAGCACAACCUGUGUCGUAGCUGUGCCAGCGACCUCUACGACUCACGCAACCCCUACCGCUUCUCCGGAGGCGUCUUCCGCUGUCCUACCUGCCGCUUUGAGGUUGUGCUAGACCGUCAUGGUGUGCAUGGGCUCCAGCGUAACCUGUUGGUUGAAAAUAUUAUCGACCUCUAUAAGCAGCAGCAAGAAGGGAGCAACAGCGGGAGCAACAGCGGGAGCACAGAACCCACCCUGAAGCCUAAAGAAUCCAAAGAGCCCAUGUGCCAAGAACACGAGGACGAGAAGAUCAACAUCUAUUGCACUACCUGCCAGACACCCACCUGCUCCAUGUGCAAAGUGUUUGGCCAGCAUAAGGACUGUGAGGUGGCACCUUUAGCAAGUGUUUACCAGACCCAGAAGAGUGAACUGAGUAAUGCUAUCGAUACCCUGGUAGCUAGCAAUGGCCGCCUGCAAGCCCUGCUCAACCAGAUGGAAGAUGCCUGCCGUGCUGUGCAGGAAAACGCUCAGAGUGCUAAGCAAGGUUUAGCGGAACGCUUUGACCUGCUAUACGCUGUCCUGGAGGAGCGCAAGACCAUUCUACUAGAGCAGAUUGGAAAAGAGCAAGACGAAAAGGUGGCAGCACUGCGGGCGCUGUCUCAGCGCUACAGUGAGCGACUGCAGACCAGUUCAGAGCUGACGGACACUGCUGUGAGGGCGCUGGAGCAGGGGGGGCCUGCAGAGUUCCUGCUGGCCUCCAAGAGCCUCAUCACGCAGACCAAGGAUGCAGCUAAAAGCUCGCUGGGGGAAGACCGGCCAGAGCCAGGCUUCGAGAAGAUGGACCACUUCACUUUGUCGACAGAGCAUGUUGAGGCAGUGCUGGCAAAAAUGGACUUUGGAGUGGUUGAUGAUGAUGAGUUUGAGGAUGCAGAGGAGGAGGAGGAGGAGGAGGAGGAGGAGGAAUAAUGAAAAUCUAACUAGUUACGGACUUGUAGAAAAAACUAUAACAUGUGCUUUUGAAGGUUUUUGACACAAUUGUUUAUGGCAGGGACUGCAUCUGAUGUUGAAAGAAAUCCAGGGUUAUGGUGGAGGUGGGCGCCUUGCCCAUACGUUCAGUGCAAUAUUUUAAUGACGUAUUCAUUGUUUUUCUUAACUUUUUUUUAUACUUUUGUACUUCUGAGCCAGUUAAAUGGAGAAAUCGGUCUAGAUAAUUGUUAAAAUAACAUGUCUGAAGAUUGAUUACACAUUGUUUUCCUUACAUGUUUCCUUUGAUAUUAGUUAUUUGUGUUUUUCUCACUUUGUCCAAGUUUGUGUUGAACUGGUGAUCAGCUGAUCUGUAAUCACCAAAUUUGUCUUCAAUGGAAUGUGGAAUAAAGCUGCAUGAUGUUAAGCUCCUAUUUGCUUUAUUUGCCAAACUUAAACAUUAAGUUUAAGGUUAGGAACAUAUAAAGGAAGGAAACCCAGUAUUAUUUUAGGCGUUUGGAGUGCUUCCAACUAAAUAGUUCCCAGUCUAUGCUGCUCUUACUUGGCAAUAGUCUGAAUUUAAAAAUAAAAGCCCUUGCCAUGUGUGCUUUGCCUUUGCUGGUUAAAUGUGGGGUCUAUUUUUAAGAGGUGAGAGGGUGAGAGAUGAUAGCAGCCCUGGAAUAGACUCAGGGAAGAACAGGCCAGGUCCUGUUUCUCCUCCAUAAAACUCUGUCCUCCGACUCAUGGACGUCUUGCUCAGCAGCUCUGGAGGGCCAGAGGGCUACGCUAAGAAAGGCCGCUCCAUUUGCCACACGAGUCACCUCCCAACGGUCAAAAGGCCAUGGUAAAAAUACAUGUCUGCCUGAGGACUGGGUUACAGAAAAGCCCCCGGAGAUGACAUGCAUGGCUGUGUUGGGAGCAUUUGCUCAGAGUCCACAUUUUGUUUCUAAUUCACAACCAGGUGCGAAGAAGUUAUUCCAACACAACAGGGAGUAGGGGUUAUGCAGUUUGAUAGGUGCUGCACUAACAUGGGACUUUUAUACUAACUAGAGCAAAGGGAAAACAACUCUUUCAGUCCUCUGUCAGACACAACAAUGACCAGACAAUACUGUUGUAUCUACAAUAUUCUGGAACCAGACCAUUAAAUAGUCUGCUUUAAUCAUCAUAAUGGCUAAAUGCCAAAACUUUGAUUAAAACCAUAACAAAAUGAUUCAUAAAUA